AUGGCCCCUCUGCAGCCAGCUCUCAACACAGCCAUUUGCUUCUUUAAGGCCAGCAGGAGAGUCAGUCUGCUAAGAUGGAAUCUUCCAGAAUCGUCUUCUGAAAGCCCCCUCUCCCCACUAGCAGGGCCAACCGCCGAGGACCAAGCAGCCACCACCAUCCAGUGAGCCUUCCCGAAGCUCCUGGCGAGAAAGGAGCAGGCACGUGAUCAGGACCACCAGGACUACCGGGAGCUGAUGGAGAAGCUGCAGAGGGAGGCCUUCGUGGCCCUGUUGCGGCGGGAGCAGGAGGCGGCCCGGCGGCAGUGGGAAGAAGCGGCGGCGGCCGAGCGGCGGCGGCAGGAGGAGCGGCAGCGCGGGGCGCGCCUGCUGGAGGCGGCCUUCGACGGGAACCUGGGCGAGAUCCAGGCGAUCCUGCGGGAGGUGGACGCGCUGCUGAACCGCGAGGGCGUGAGCUGCGACGCGGCGCGGGCGGCGCGGCGGCUGCAGCGGCGCCUGGCCCUGGUGGACUUCGAGGAAGCGGCGGCGGGCGGGCAGUCUCUGGCCAUCCAGCUGCUAGCCGAGCAGGGCGCCAGUCGCAACAGCAAGGGCGCCUUCGGCCGGACGCCGCUGUACCGAGCGGCCUUCGGGGGCCACCUGGAAGCCGUGGAGGUGCUUCUGAAGCUCGGAGCUGACCCCCGGGUGUAUGCGGACGACGGAAGCACCCCCGAGCAGGUGGCCUCGCUGGACGCGGUGGUCAGCACGCUGCAGUCCUGGGACCUGAGCCUCACAGAUGCCAUGCUCUAGAACAUGGAGGCCCAGCGGCAGCGCCGGGGCCAGGAGACCAAGCAGCACAGGGAGGCGGAGGCCAAGUGGUGCUGAAGAGGGGGCAUGAACCUCAAAGUGCAACAGCUGCCCAAGGAGCAGCAAGUGUCACCAACACGUGUGCAGCCAGCCCCCCGGAAGGAGCCGCAGCAGGCCUACCGCGAGCUCAACCCGAGGAUCGAGGAUCGAGGAUCGAGGAUCGACGAGCACAACAAGGCAGCCGCGUGGCGGGGGCGGGGCGGCCCCCCUCCCAGCCCCUUCCUUAGGGGUCCCGGCUGCGCCCGGCAGGCGGGGGUGGGGGUCCGGCCUUGCCCUGAGCGGAGCGUAGGGCCCCUCCUCCAGGCCGUCAAGGACGCGGAGGCCCAAGUGGACAGGCUCCGGUAGGAGGCCCAAAAGGCGGAGGAGACGCUGGCCCUGGCCAGGCUGGAGUGCGGGGGGCGGGCCCAGGAGGGGGAGGAGGAGGCGCCCGGGCUGAAGUGUCAGGUCACCGAGCUCCACGACGUGCUGUUGAAGGACGUGGGUGAUCGCAUCCGCGCUGACGGCAGGUGGCCUCUUGUCAUCGACCCUUCGGGCCAGGCGGCCACCUUCCUGCGCUACCAGGACACCAACUGUGUGAACGCUGUGAACCCAGACCACCUGAGGCCGGAGAGGAUCAGGCUGGCGCUGCUGGGGGCGCUCGGGUUCGGGAAGCCGCGGGUGUCCGACCUGCGUGAAGUGGACCUGUUCCUGGCGGCGCAGCGGCAGCUGGAGGCGGUGCAGCCGGGCCUGGCGCAGGAGCUGCUGGGCCUCGGGCUGCUGGAGCGGGAGAGGAACCUGUCGCUGCUGCGGCCGACCGACGGGCCCGAGUACAGCCCCAGCCAGUGCCAGGAGGCGCGCCUGGGGCACUUCCGCCUCUUCUUCGGCACCAAGGUUCGGGCUCUGGGCGUGCGCCAUGCAGGGGAGGGGGCCGGCCGGGAGCCCCAGCUGGGGGACCCCGGCCGGCGGGCCCAAUCAGUUCCUCCCGCUGUGAGGCAGUGCACGGUCGGGGCGACGUGGGAGUUCAUGGUCGCCGCACCGGCCCCACAUUUGGAGGAGCAGAAGGGGUGGGCGUUGGUUGUGCCGGCGGGUGGACAGACAGACAGACUAGAGGUAAAACGUAGUCAAUUUUAUUCUCCUUAA